AAGCGUCAUUCCGAAAGUGACAGGCAAGCGGUGUGCACAUUAGACUUGAAUUUUCAUUUAUUUUUUAAUAAUAGUGUAUUUAUUUAUAUACCUUCUUUUAUGUAAUAUAUUUUAUCGUUAAUAUAGCGUUCAAUAAAUUAGUAUUCUUUCACAUAUCACGAAACUUUCUUAAAGAAAAUUCAACAAGUUCAAUUUAUACUAUUUUUUAACAUUGAAUACUUGUGUCAUUAACUGUUACACAUAAUAUUCAUGAUGCAUAAUAAUGAAUUCGCACAGACAGGCAAGCCACCGACCGAUGACUCAGCAGUCAGCAAGUCGUCAGUGAUCGAAACCAACGGGUCGAUCGCAAGAACGAGCGAGAGUAAUGAAGAGUGCAACGAUUACAGUAGUUUCGAAGAUUUAUUAAAUAUCGAUAAUUUUAUCACAAUGGAGAAUAACACUCUAGAUGGUAUUUCCAAUGCUUUUCAUGGAUUAACCACUUCAAGCAUCAAUUUUAAUCAAGAGAAUUUGUCAACGAUAUCCGGGACUGGCGUUGAUGGCCAAAGCGAUGGAAGCAUAAAUACUCCUGAAAAUCCGGCAAACAAUAAUUUGAAUGUAUCUUCUUUAUCAGAUGUGUCUCUUGCAUUAAAAGAACCAAAUUUCAUUGUGAAAGUUGGCAAUAAAUCUGAUGGACAAUGCAAAGUUAAGAUCGAUUCCAAUACGUAUUUUAUUAACGCUCAUGUUCAAAUGACCAAUUUUGAAGCAUCAGGCUCCUUAAUUCCAAAUUUGAAUUCGAUUGAACACAGCAAUGGUACUUCGACUGUUCCUAUUGCGAAAUCUACAUCUAUAACAUCGAUGGCUCAAAAAAAAUAUUUUCCCAAAUUCAUCAAACUUUACUGUGCCAAAUGUGGCGAGAGUCCUUGGACCCCCCGAUACUACAGCGAUCAAAAAUGUUCAACUUGCGAAAACAAGGUUACGCUCCGUUGUUGCAAGUGCAAGCAAGAAUCUGACAAGUACGAAAAUAUGGUUUACCACCUGAAGACCAAAUGUGCUCCUAACGACGUAAGAUAUAAAUGUUCGCAAUGCGACUAUAAUACAUUUCUAAGAUCUUCAUUGAGACAUCACAUAAAGUCGCACGAGCCGUCGAACAACAUCAAGUGCCCGGAUUGCGGUAUCAGCGUUUUAAAAAAUAAAAAGUGUCUUGAAAAUCAUCAAAGAUAUAGUUGCCCAAACAGACAACAAGAAGGAUACAUGAAGUGUUCACAUUGCUAUAAAAAAUACAGGAAUGAAAUAUGCUUCCAAAAGCACAAGAAAAACUGCAUUUAUAACCGAGAUCGCGAAGAAGAGCGCCUUGACGAUGGAUCUUCGCAUGCAAACACAUGAUUGUACAUAAAACUGAAUGUAGCAUCUAAUUAGACGUUGUAUAAUAAUCUUAUAAAAAUACGCUUGUAAAUAGUUAUGUGUAAUCGUGUGAUUUGUGAUUAUUAAUUUUUCAUAAUAAGAUAAUUUGUACAUUAUUGAAUCAUGAAUGUGAUGCAUAUUCUAACGAAUAUUGAUAGUUAUAUUAUAUUUGAUUUGAUAGUUAUAUACCAUAAAACGAUGAAUAAUUAAAAAUCGAACAGCAAAUUUGUAGAAAUUAGUUUUUCUUUAUUGUCUCAAUAAAUUUAUAACAGUAUAUUGCACAAAA